AUGGAGUUGGAAAACACUCGUGAUGUUACAGCUUUAGUCGAUGCAUUAGAGAAAUCCACCGAAUUGUCCAAAACAAGAGGAAGAGCAAUCAAAAGAGUUUGUCAACUCUCCUCAACUGAUCCACGUCAGAUUGUUAGUUGGAAAUUUAACGAGUGGGAUUAUGGUAAGAAUAACAUUACUUUACCAUGUAAAGCUAGAGGUUUAUUCAUCUUACAAGAUGAUUCCUCUUCGCCAUAUCCAGUUAUUGUUGCGAGAGGUUAUGAUAAAUUUUUCAAUAUUAAUGAAAUGAGUUUUACUAGAUGGGAUUGGAUUGAAGAAAAUACAAUGGGUCCCUAUGAAGUUACUAUCAAGGCUAAUGGAUGUAUUAUUUUCAUUUCUGGUUUGGAAGAUGGAUCAUUAGUGGUCUGCUCGAAACAUAGUGUUGGUCCAAGAGAUGAUACUGAUAGAAAUCAUGCUGAAGCAGGAGAAAAGUUUCUUUUACGACAGUUGAAAGAGAGGGGGGUUAGUUCGAAAGAAUUGGCUACUCACCUAUAUAGGGAAAACCUUACUGCUGUUGCUGAAUAUUGUGAUGAUUCAUUUGAAGAACAUAUCUUGGAGUAUAAGAAUGAUAAAGCGGGACUAUAUUUACAUGGGUUGAAUUUGAAUCAACCAACGUUUAAGACAUUAGAUAUGGAUAGAGUCUCUGAGUUCAGUAGGAAAUAUGGGUUUAAGGAAAUCGAAUGUUUCAUCAAAAAUGACGUAACUUCAUUAAGAAAAUUCUUAGAGGAUUGUGCGACUAGAGGCUCCUUCAAUGGUGAGGAAUUGGAAGGGUUUGUCAUUAGAAGUAAAUUAGGUAUUACUGGAGAAACGUUUUUCUUCAAGUUCAAAUUCGAAGAACCAUAUUUAAUGUAUAGACAAUGGAGAGAAGUGACUAAAGAUUAUAUCACUAGUAAAUCAAGGAUUUUUAAAUUUAGGAAACAUAAAUUUAUUACCAAUAAAUAUUUAGAUUUUGUCAUCCCAUUGCUUGCUAAAGACUCUAAAUUAUGUGAAGAAUAUUUGAAAGGGUUCCAUAUAAUUGAAUUAAGGAAUUUGUUUUUAAAAUCGUAUGGUAUGACAGGUAUGGAAAUUUUGAAUCAUUCCAGACUAAAAGAAUUAGAAUUGAAAAAUUCUAUUGAUUAUGAAAGAGUAGAUGAACGUACGAAAUUUUUGAUUUUCCCCAUAUCUGUUAUUGGAUGUGGUAAGACUACAGUUGCCAAUACAUUAACAAAUUUAUUCCCUAACUCCUGGGGUCAUAUUCAAAAUGAUGAUAUCAAGGGGAAAGAUAAAGCUAAAUUGAUUAAGAAUUCGUUGGAAUUGUUAUCCCAUCCUGAUAUGAAAUGUGUGUUUGUUGAUAGAAAUAAUCAUCAAAUAAGGGAACGUAAACAAUUAUUUGAAUGGGUUGAAGAAUUUAAAGAGGAUUAUUUGUCUUAUGAUACCAAUAUUAAAAUUAUUGGAUUAUCAUUUGUUUCAUAUGAUGCGUUUGAUGAAAUUAAAACCUUGACGGUUGAUAGAGUUCUCGAUCGUGGUAAUAAUCAUCAAACGAUAAAAAUAGAUAAGUUGGGGAAACCAAAAGUAAUUGGUAUAAUGAGUGGAUUUUGGAAAAGAUUUCAACCAGUUGAUGAAUCUAAAUCACCAGACAAUUUAUUUGAUCUUGUGAUUAACUUGAACAUAAAUGGGAAGGAUUCUUCAUUAGCGAAUAGUAAAUUAAUCCUAGAAGAAAUACAUAAAACAUUUCCCGUGUUGAUUCCAUACAUUCCUGAUGAUAAGAUUAUAGAAGAAAGUUUCCAAAAGAGUCUUUCCGUCAAACUUCCUGUUAGAGAAGAAUUGCACGUGAAUAAUCGUCCUGAUAAUAAUCUAAAGGAAAAGAAAGAAAGGUUAUUACCAGUAUAUUUUUCAGCAGAUAUAAACGUCGAUGAUAUGAAUAGAGUGAAGGAAGAAAUCAAAAAAGUAGUUGAACUUCAUUCGAAUGAAAUAUCGGGGGAAUUUAAACUAUCUAUUGAUAAAUUGUUCAAUGAAAAUAAAUUUCAAAACGAUUUCCAUGUAACUUUAUGUCAUGUGGCUCAAAGUAAGAGAGGAAGUGCAAAAGAUCAAGAAAUAUGGAAAAAUUAUAAAAAACAUUACACAAAAUUAUUGAAAAAAUAUGCCAAUGAUGAAGAGAUUGAUAAGGCCACAUUGAAGUCAAUUAAAAGUGAUGAUAAAGUAUCGAUUAAGUUCGAUAGAUUAUGUUGGGAUGAAAAAAUUGUUACUAUUAUUGUUAAACUAAUGAUUUCCGAUGAAGAUGAUAAUGAUCAAGAUUGUGUCGUUGAUUCUCAGGGGAAACCAGUCAGUAAAUUGAAAUGUGCGAAUGAGAUACCUCAUAUUACUAUCGGUAGAUUAGAUGAUGAAAUCAAAGCAGUUUAUUCCAAUACUUUGUGUAUGAAAGUUGCCGAGGAAGAAGGUGGCCGUGAUGCAUCAAUCCAAAUUUUAGAAUUUGGGGAUAAUCUCAAGCCAUUCCUAGCCAAUGUAGUCAUUCAUUUAUAG